AUGAGUUAUAACAAUUUUUUCUGACCGUUUUAAAUAUUAAAAUUUCAAAAAGAAAAAAUUAACCAAACUUGAAUUUGCAAACUGGUUGAACGAACUGUCACAUGACGUCAGACGAACAGGCCAAUCGGGCUAAGGCGCUCGGGCAGAGAGAACAGAAGGAGCAGACAUUUCCCAAACUCUUUACGUCGCACAGCAUUCCAGUUAGACGGGUAAACCAUUGAUAUUAACAGAAGAAUGAGACUGCUGUUUAUCUUUUUACUAGUUUGUCUAGUAAUAGCAUUAUCUGUUGCAAAGAAGCAUCACCAUAAAAAUCAUCACGAAAAGAAACAUUUUCGAAAAACCGAAAUAGAAAAGGAUGUGCUGGAUUUAAUUGCAGAGGAUGAUGCCGAAGAAGAGAGGAAAAAGAAGAAACUGAAACAGUUUGAGAAAUUAGAUGAUAUUAUACUCAAUGGGGGAUAUGAUGAAGAUCCUUGCCGUCGUCACCACUGUGGAGCCGGAAAGCAGUGCGAAGUAGAUGCCGAUGGAAAACCGGAAUGCGUGUGUGUGAAGGCCUGUCCGAGAGAAUUGGACGAGAGAAGAAGAGUGUGCAGUAAUCAUAAUGAAACGUGGGACAGCGACUGUCAUUUGCACAGAAUGCGUUGCCUCUGCAUGGAAAAUGACGCACUCUGCCGUCACAGAAAAUAUAAACACGUUCAUAUUAAUUACUAUGGAGGAUGUAAAGAAAUUACUCCUUGCAGAAAAGAAGAGCUUGAAGAUUUCCCUCGUAGAAUGAGAGAGUGGCUAUUUAAUGUUAUGCAAGAUUUGGCUCGCAGAGCAGAACUAAAAGAACCCUACAUUCAACUGGAGAAUGAAGCAGAAAGAGCGUCGUCUCGCAAAUGGGUGAAUGCUGUAAUUUGGAAAUUCUGCGACUUGGAUGUCCAUCCACAUGACAGAGUUGUAAGUCGCCACGAACUGUUCCCGAUCAAGGCAACCCUAAUGUCUAUGGAGCACUGUAUAGCUCCAUUCUUGGAUGACUGCGAUGCUAAUAAUGACCACAGAAUCACUCUCCUGGAAUGGGGAAAAUGUCUGGGACUUGACAGUGAUGAAAUUGAAGAUAAGUGUUCCAUGAUAAGAAAGAAGCAUGGAUAAGGUUCAAAAGCAAACUGGAAAAAUGGUGCUAAUCAGAGCCACAGAAAGCUUAGCUUGCAUAUCUCUGGAAAUAUCGGUAUAACGUCUAGAUGUAAAAAAUCAAAAAAUCAAUCAAUCUUCAUCCUAAAACAAUGUAACUGGCAGCUAAAAUUAUGUAUAUGGUUAUUGUCUUAUUACUCACUAUUCAU